AUUAAUUCUGUUGAAAAAUUUCCCCAAAAUAAAAACUUUCUUGAUCUCGUUUCCUAGUUUUCUGAGCAUCCAAACAUGGCCAUUAGUGAAACUACCCACAAAUUCCUCAAGUUUGAAGAAGGUUGGCCACUGGUGCAAGAAGGAAUCAAGAAAGCCGUAGAGAUUGCAGAAGGGGUUCGCAGCGAUCGAUUCACUGCUGAAGAGUCUAUGAGGCUUUACACAGUUGUAUACGAAAUUUGUCAACCACACCCUGCUGGCCCUGAAUGUGAAAAGUUAUACCAAGGAUACAAGAAGACAUUUGAAGAUUAUAUCACAGCAAAGGUAUUGCCAUUUCUGAGGGAAAAGAAAGAUGAGAAUUUGUUGCAAGAACUGGUCACAAAAUGGAACAUGCAUAAAGUUUUGACCAGAUGGCUCGUAAGAUUUUUCCAUUAUCUCGAUAGAUACUUUAUCAGUAUUCGAAAACUGCCGACGCUGAAUGCAACUAGCCUCUUGACCUUCUAUAAACUGGUUUACAUCGAAAUGAAUGAUCAAGUGAGGGAAGUUGUCCUAUCUAUGAUUGAACGAGAACGUGAAGGAGUGCAGAUUGACCAAGCCCUAGUGAAGAAUGUUUUGGAUAUCUAUGUGGAGAUUGGAGAGGGAUCAAUGACAUACUAUGCAAAGGACUUUGAAGAAGCUAUGCUUAAAGACACGGCAUCUUUUUAUUCCAAGAAAGCAACAAUCUGGAAUGCGAGCCUUUCUUACAAGGAUUACGUGCUUAAGGUUGAAGAAUGCAUCAUGAAGGAAGAAGACAGGGUUUCUUGUUACUUGCAAAGCAGAAGCCGGCAAAAGUUGUUGGAGGUUGUGGAACAUGAAUUGCGCUCCGUACAUGCUACAAAACUUGUAGAGAAAAAACAGCUUGAGAGUGAGGCUGCUUCAACAAAUGAGUGAGCAUUUUUGCAGCUAGCAUCUUUUUCUUUCUUUUGUUACCAUGUAAUAAGUGACAGUGAGAAUUGUCCAUGUGAGUGAAGGAUGCUUACAUUCAAAACAAACUAUGUACUAAAUGACAGAAACAUGUGAUGUGUUAUAUACAUGUAACUUCUGUCACUUUUGUUGCCUUUUUCUAGGUUAGGUGAUUGAAGGGGAGAGGAUUUUAUGUUCAUUUCUCCUGAAAACCAUCUCAACCUAUUAUCACUUGUUUAAAAGGCUGGUGCCU